AUGCGGUUCGCUAUCGCUGGGGGAGUCGCGCUCCUUGCGGCCUCCGCAUCAGCGCAACUCUACCCUUCCCAAAGCCCAUUGAACCACACCUGCCUCCUCCAAAAGCCGCUUCUGUCAUGUCCACCGCAGGAUCCGGCUGUAGUUGACUCGUGCUGCGUCGAAACCUUCGGCGGCCUCCUCCUCUCCACCCAGUUCUGGGACACCUACACAGGCCGCGAAAGCGAAGGACAGCUGCUCCCCAAAAACACGUGGAGUCUGCACGGCUUGUGGCCCGACUUCUGCAACGGAAGCUACACGCAAUACUGCGACCUCACCCGGCAAUACGACCCCGUCCCCUCGCCCAACACCACAGACGGCACACCCACCGGCACCCCCGUCCCGCCCUACACCGGCCCCAACAUCGGCACCUUCCUGGAGCCCUUCGGCAAGUACGAUCUGCUCGAGUACAUGAACACGUACUGGAUCGCGCAGAACCAAGACAAUGCGGGGUUCUGGGGCCACGAGUUCAGCAAGCACGCUACGUGCUUUUCUACCUUUGACGUCGCGUGCUAUGGCCCGCAGUAUGUCGAGCACGAGGAGGUGGUGGAUUUCUUCGAAACGGCGAUCAAGUACUACAAGAAGUUUCCGACGUUCAAGUGGCUGAAGAAGGCGGGGAUCACCCCGUCGAAUAGCACGACGUAUAGCUACGCGGAGAUUCGGGAUACGUUGUUUGCGAGGCACGGCGGUGUCCCGUUUAUCGGCUGCUCGGGACCGAGAUAUAACACCACUGAGGCUGGGAAGAACAGCACGGAUACGGGGUAUACGGUGCUUAGUGAGGUGUGGUACUAUGAAUACGUCUACGGCCGACCGCAAGAAGGCGACACCGUUUCCGUGAACGCAUCGUCAACCUACCUAACAAACUGCGCAAAAACCGACGGCGCGAUCCAUUACUACGAGCGAGGUCCGGCAUCGGAGAAGAAGCCCACAGUGCCAUUCUGA